UUGACUAACCAAUCGAAACAUAAUCUUAUUAAAGGAGGUAACGUCGUAUGGUUACCAGGUAGUCCUGUCAAGUACAAUGUGGAAUUUUAUGUUUGUACUUUCACUGUCAGUAAUGCACUGAUACUCUAAAAGCAGACGUGGCAGCCAGUGCAGCAGUAGUAGCGAGGAGAAGGCAAGCCUUCUUGGUUGCUGUCAUGAGAAUACUGUUUCUCUCCUCUCUUAUUCCCAAAACUGGCAAUUGUACAACAGCUGACAGAAUACGGAAACAUAUAGAAGAAGCAGGACACACAUGCAUACUAAAAGAAGCUACAGCUUUUCAGCAUGCCUCAGAAGUGGAAGAUGUGGUCAGGAAAGAGAAUGUUGAUGCAGCCUUAGCGAUACAUAUAUACAAAGGAGGAAGGUUUUUACCAGAUAUUGGAAUACCUUAUGGAGUAAUUUUUGGAGGAACAGACAUAAAUGAAGACAUCAAGGAUGAACAUAAAAGAGAAGUAAUGGGAAUAGUACUCCUUGAAGCAAGGUUUGCUGUAGUUUUUACAGACAAGAUGAAGAUAACAGUGGAAACAUAUUGGCCAUUUACUAAGAAUAAGAUCCAUGUUCAGCCGCAAGGAAUUAUUACAAGGCCCAGUACAACUUUGAAGUGGAAGACGUUUCUGGAGAGCUCAGGAAUUGAACAAGAGGAGGAUAAUCCAUAUGUUUUUCUUUUGGUCUGUGGACUUAGACACGUCAAAGACCCUCUGUACCUCAUGGAUGCAUUUUCAGAGUGGCACCAAAAAGAGAAGUCUGUUCACUUAGUUAUUAUUGGACCUGCAGUUGAUCCAUUUUUUACAAAAGAGGUAGCUGCAAAAGUUGAGCAAGAAACAGGUAUACAUCUGGUAUUGGAGAAACCUCAAAAAGAUCUUCAUGCAGUUAUGAAGAAGUGCUUCGCUGUUGUAAAUAGUUCUAUAUCCGAGGGCAUGUCUGCAACAAUUUUGGAGGCAAUGGAUUUGGAAGUGCCUGUAUUAGCAAGAAAUAUUCCCGGUAAUGCAGCUAUAGUUAAACAUGGAGAAACUGGACUCUUAUACUCAGACCCACAGGAGUUUGUUAAACUGUCCAAAAGACUGAUGUGUUGCCCAGAUUUUAAAAAAGGAAUUGUUUCAAAUGCAAGAGAAUAUGUAAAGAAACAUCACUCUGCAGAAUCUGAAAGAAUGGCUUACCAAAGACUUAUCUUAAGCCUUCAGUGACAGCUAACAAAACUAAUGAAAAAUGCUGCUGUUUUUUUUUGUAUGAAAUCCAUUUAAAUGUAUGUUAGUAUUGAAUGAUCAAAGUGUGCAUAAAUGUAAACUUUUAAAGAGAUACUGUAAAAGAUGAUUGAUAUUUGCAGUUUCUACACCAUGCUUUCCUGUUUAAAGAUAUUUUUGUAGGAAAAUCUCAAUUGAAUAUUUAUUGUUUUAAAGUGUGGAUAAUCCUUAUAGAUAAGGAAUACUUUCUGUAGAAUAUUAAUGGUGUUAAGUAUUCAACUAGGGGCCGCUCAUGUCAGCAUCAUACUUCUUUCUCAACUCGUGUCAUUCUACUUCAUGACUUUGUUGUGUAGCCUGUUACCGUUGUUUUGUGUGUGUGUGUGUGUGUGUGUGUGUGUGUGUGUGUGUGUGUGUGUGAAUGCUAAAAUGUUGCACCUAGAAUUACCUCAUUGCUUUCUGUUUUUUACUGCUUUCAGUACAUAAAUAAGAUUUUCAAAAACAACAGCCAUUGUCUUUGUAGCUGCUGAAUCUGAGUCCGAUGCUUAGUUUUGAAAUCUGAAAACUUUGUAUUAAUUCAGGUUUACUUCCUGUAAAGUUCUGAGACUGACUGAAAGGUUUACCAGCUUGAUUCAUAUCUGUUUGCUUUUAUUUAUUAUUAUUAUUGUUGUUGUUGGUUUUUUUUUUUGAUUCGUCAGUGAUCUGAAUAGGGUCCAAAUCUCUGAUUCCCAAAAUAGUUGUAAAGAGAGGUGCAUAAAGGUCAGAUCAUUAACAAAAAGAGUGAGACGCCCCCCCUUACCGAUCCACCACCGCAUUUUCUGUGCUUCCUUGGUAAGCCAUCAUUGUUGAUGUUCUUCCCAUAUUCUACCACAAAUUGUGUUACACUGUCUCUGUUGAACUCAUACAGAGUAAUGUUUUUCUAUAGUUGUAUUUCACCUUUUCUUAGUGGUUCUGCUGAUGGCUUCUGGCUUUCUUAUUCUCAUUCCUACUUUAUUAUUGAAGCUGUGACCUGUUAUCUUCAGUGAUGUAUCCACUAACCACAUCAGAACACUGAUAGUGUGUCUCUUAAUUAUUUCCCAUUAAGAUUUCUAGCUUUGACAUUUAUGAAUUUUCAGUGGAACUGAUAAAACCAAUAAUCUUUUUUAGAACUUUCAUGUGAGCAAGCUAUUUCCCACGACUGUAUUGAAAGUGAUCAUCCUAAGUAUAGCUAGGGUGACUACAAACACUAUAAGACACGCCACCUUGAUCUUAUUGUUAGCUUGAAAAGAAUCUUGUAAAUUCAGAUUAUUAUUUCUGUAAUAGUGCAGUAGUCUGAUACAUCUGUAUUAGUUCUGAUAAUAUAACACAUAGAUUCCAUCUUCAGGAGUCUUAGAUAAGCACAUAAAAGUCGGGUUCUUUGUAGUGGAAGAAAGGAAAGAGAAGGGGCAAACAAGAAUAAAAAUAUAGACAUCCUGGUUAUUCAUGGUUCCAUGUAAAGGAUUUUUAUAUUCUUUCUGUGACACUUGAGAACCUUGUGCUACUAGUCUGCAGAUCUUCUUAUAUACUAGUGAGGUGGAUUAACUGUAGUGGGCUGUGUUAGACAGUAUCUUGUAGACUAUCCAGCAUAAAACUGACGGUGUUUCUCAGAGUUCAUAGGUUCAUACUAGGCUAU